GCGCCUCUCUGGAAACCGAGGCCUUUCUCUCUCCUUCAAGACCCAUGAUUUGGAGCGGCUUUCCUUGGGUUCUCGCAUUUUGUCUCACAUGCCCACACCGAACCAAGGCUAUUCAUUGUUUUCACCCAAGUUGAUCUGCACUUUUGAGUGCAUCCUGAUCUCUUCGUCCCGUCAUCAAUUCGCCCCCAGCAUGCCCGCGAUUUGCUGCUCAUCCUGAGCGCAUGCCAUGUUGCAGCACAACUUGGUGCGCCUUGGUACCAAUCGCCCUGCUUGGACUGGCUUGAUUCUGACAGUCCAAGGCCGCCACUUCAAAUCCACCGGUUAGAUGGGCUCUGUCAUUGUCGAAGCCAUGUCAGGCAGCACACUUGCCGCAGAGCCCAAAAAGCUCCACCCCUUCUUUACCGCGCCCAGGCCCAGGGCUCUUCAGCAAGAUGCCAUUACCACAGACCCAGAUCCAACCCCUGCUGCCUCCCAUUCGGUCGAUUCUGCAGACUCGAAAGAGACUCUCGCCAAGGACAGCGACAUGGAAUCACCAGAGAGCACCGCUCGUCAACGGAAACGUCGCAAGCCAGCAGAGGACGUCGAGCAGGAUGUGGCGGACAACAAGAAGCCCCGACGUGGCAGGAAGAAGAACAACCCUCAGGCGGUUUCGAUCAUGAACCACUUCAUUCAAAGAGAAGGCGAGGACCUUGCGACCACGCCCCACGAGACCCGCUCACCCGACGACACGACUCCCAACGAAGACGCGGUCCAGCGACCAACCGAGCCCCUUUCAAGUGCCGAUAACGAAGACACCACGGUACAGGCGAUCGCAGAUCAAGCAUGCGAGAGAAGAGAGCCCAGUGUCCCACCAAAGAAAGUCCUGCGAUUCAACCCCAACACUGGCACACUUGGGUCACCGCCAAAGCCAAAGGAGCCACAACUUGGCAUGCAGCAGGGACACAACGAGGUACCUGUUCGAGAGAAGGCUACCCCAACACCAAAGGGCAAGAGACGCUCAGCCAGGCUUGUGAAAGUCAGCUACGGGACCGAUGACGAGUCUAGGAACCGGAUCGGCACCAAGAUUGACGGGAUUCUGAGUACUGCUGUCUCUCCUCCCUCAAAGCUGAAGAAGCGAUCAACGAAACGAGAACAGCAGACAACUGCGAAGGCGAAGAGCGAGGCGCCCCAGAAAGACACCCACCCGUUCUUCUCAGGCAAGCCCCAAAAGGCCACAGCGACAUCCCAAUCAGAAACGACAGCCGAGACCGAGACAAAAUCGAAACCACCGCCCUCACCAAAGCGCCCAAGGAUCUUCAGUUCCACGCCCUGCUCCCCGAAAAAGCAGCGUGCUGUAGGAUCAAGCAAGCCGAUGCCUCAAUUUGGUGUCAAGUCCCUGGGUCUGAAGACCCCGGGAGCCCGCGCGCCAGCCUGGCCUUGGAAGGGCAUGCUUCACGUUAGAGGAGAUGAUGUCGUGUCUAGCCGCCAGGACGAGGCCGCUUCGUCAAUCCCAUUACUACCUCGGAAAUCGAAGGGCAACACCAUCCAUAUCCCUCCACACGAAGAGGUCCUAGGGAAUUUCGCAACCAAGCUCAACAUUCCCGAACUCCUCGAUGCUGUCAAGAACAUCGACACAGAAAGCUUCCUCCCACCGCCACGCGAACUUCGACUCCCGCAGAAGCACUUUGAAAGCGGGCUUAACCUGCAGAAGCGGAUUCUGCCCGAGUUGAAGAACGCCAAACACGAUGCCCUGGCAAGCCUUCGCACAUCGCUCGCCACUUCCCUUUCAGCCUUCGACAGGUACCAGUGCGAGCCAAUAAGUUGGGCGCAAAAGUAUGCACCCAAGGCCGCGGUUGAAGUUUUGCAACAUGGAAAAGAAGUUUUCCUUCUGCGAGACUGGUUGCAGGCACUCAAAGUCCAAUCGGUCGACACCGGGGAACCGAGACCAAAGGCGACGAAAGGCGCACCACCAAAGAAGAAGCGCAAGAAGAACAAGACCGACGACUUCAUCGUUGACAGUGACGAGGAGGCAGACGAAAUGGACGAGGUCUCCGAUCCCGAAGAAGAGGACUGGUCACCCGACAGACGUGGGGGGAAAAGAACGGUUAUUCGGGCUGGUGACACCCACGCCAAAGACUCCAAAGGCGCCCAGCGCCUAACAAACACGGUCGUCAUCAGCGGUCCCCACGGUUGUGGGAAAACUGCAGCAGUGUAUGCGAUCGCAAAGGAGCUGGACUUUGAGGUCUUCGAAAUCAACCCGGGCAGUCGCAGGAGUGGCAAAGACGUCUUCGACAAGAUCGGAGACAUGACACGCAACCAUCUGGUCCAGCAUCAACAGACCGAAGCUGCAGCAUCCGCUAUAAACGAUGAAGAAGUUGCUGAGGACAUCAAGUCUGGGAAGCAGGCGACGAUGGCCUCAUUCUUCAAACCAAAGCCGACGCCUAAACAACCCUCCAAGACCAAGAAGCCCGCUCCCAAGGGCGACGCAGAGAAGACAGAGGUCAAGAAGUCAGCCCCCAAGAACCAGAAGCAGUCACUGAUCCUCUUGGAUGAGAUCGACGUUCUAUACGAGGAGGACAAGAACUUCUGGAGCACUGUGAUUGGACUGAUAGCACAGUCGAAGCGGCCGUUCAUUCUGACCUGCAACGAUGAAAAGCUCGUACCAUUCCAGACUCUGAGUCUGCACGGAAUCUUCCGCUUCAGCGAACCGCCCACGGACCUUGCUGUCGACCGGCUGCUCAUGAUAGCCGCCUGCGAAGGUCACGCCCUUCGCCGGAACGCAGUCUCGGCCUUGUUCGAGGCCCGCCAGCGGGACCUGCGUGCUUGCUUGGCAGAACUGAACUAUUGGUGUCAGAUAGCUGUGGGUGACCGACGCAGUGGAGUUGAUUGGUACUACCCACGCUACCCGAAAGGCUGUGACAUUGACGAGCAAGGGAACGUGAUUCGGGUUGUCAGCCAGGAUACGUAUCUUGAGGGGAUGGGUUGGCUCGCACAUGACGUCCUGGCCGAGGAGCAGGGCGACAUGGCAUGGCUCGAGGAUGAGCUGCUGCAGGAAGCGUGGAACAAUUGGCAGAUGGACGUGGGUGAUUGGCAAGACACACUGGACAUGCCAUCGUGGGCCUCACAGCUGGAAGCAUCAGAUCGCGGAACACGACUGGCCGCACUCACAAAGUACGAUGAAUUUGCCGACGCGAUGGGCGUGGCAGACCUCUGCUCGUCCGCCAUGAUCCACGCGGAAUCACAUCAUGAAGGGAUCGACUGCACGAUGCCAGAAAUCACGGCGAAGAGCCGCGAGGAUUACAUACUCGGCCGCGAGCUCCUCGACGCCCCCGUCACGUCAACAUAUGACCCCCUCGCAACCACGCUGCCGAUAAGCCUGAAGACCCUGGCGCGCAGAGACCUGGAAGCGAGCUACCCGUCCCCUCGGCUCCAGGCCCCCGACGAGGCCGCGCUGACCCCCAAGAUCCGCCUGCACAUGUCCCAGCCCCCCAGCACAGGAGGCCUCACGCGCGACGACCUGAACCUCGCGUUCGACCCCCUCGCCGCGUCCGAAAAGACCAGCGCCUCGUCGUCGUCAUCCUCCUCGCUCGAGGCCUCGGUCUUCGACCACACCCUGGCGCCCAUCGUGGAGGACGUGGCGCCGUACGUGCGGGGGAUCGUGGCGUACGACGACGAGCUCCAGAGGCAGCGGCUCAGGAUGAGCAACCUCCUGAGCAAGGGCGGCGGCGGCGGCGGCACCAAGCGGCGGAUGCGCAACACGCGGGCCUCGCACGCGGCGCUCGAGGGCGGCUCCAGGACGCACACGCGCCCGGACCGGUGGUUCAAGGCCGACCUGAACAGGGUGCUCGUGAUGCGGACGGCGGGCGGGGGCUGGGCGGAUGCUGUGAGGGAUGUCGUGGCGGAGGGGGCUGGGGCCGGGGGCGACGGUGGUGAGCCCGCGGCCGGCCGUGCCAAGGACCGGGCGCGGAAGGUCGUCGCUGACGAUGGUGAGUCGGGUGAUGAGCUCGGGGGGAGCCCGGGCGGCGGCUCUGAUUCGAUGGGGACUCCCUAGUUUGAGCGGUGAGAUCGAUACGGGUUAGACGGACGUCGUGGUUUUGGACCUGGCACGGAGGCGCAGGGGCGGAUGGAACACAGGAGCAGUGGGAGUGGACGACAUCAAAGGCACAUACGUUCGGCCUUGACCUGCCUAACUCUUUGUCACGUCCGCCAGCCACGUUGCACAUGCGAGAAGCGUGGUCUCGGAAUCGGAAGGCCAGGGCUGACCAUGACCCACCAGCAUGGACUUGUGCGAGGCGGGUUUGCUGGACUGACUGACUGCGCUGUCCCAGAUGCCUCCGAGGGGGCGUGCGUCUACGGCAUUGCUAUUGAUUUGGCCACGCACAGCAGCAUGGAGGGAUGCCAUUUGCAUCACGGUCACGCACAAGGCAUACAUACUUUGGGAUUUUGGUAGAUUCAGGUGCACACAUAUACACAUUUGGCUGUUUACAAUCAGAAUCCAAGAAUUUUUCAAGAA